AUGUACCGCCACCCCCACUUAUCCGACGACCUGUUGCGGCGGCUCUCGCUGAACAACCCGUUCCGACAGAUGGGCCCGCCCCCAGUCCAGCUGGCGUCGCCGCUCUCCCAGCUGGUCCCCGAGGACUCGCUGUUUGCCCAGUGGGUCGAGCGCAACCGCCAGUUCGACGCCGACCACGACGACGACGACCACGACGACUACGAGAUCGACAUGACUCGGUAA